AUGAUUCCUAGAUAUUUGUUCUCGGCGUUGGCUCUAGUUGGCCUAGGCUCUGCCAACCUCCUCUGUCUCGAAGAAGCCCCAGUUCUGCCAGCCGGUUGGCGAAAGACUGAUGCAACGCCGGAUCCUGACCAAAAGCUGACGCUCUCUUUUGCAUUGCGCCAACCAAACAUCGACUCUGUCGAAAAGAAAAUUGCCUUGAGAGAAGAAAACUGCGGAAACCAUCUCUCUCAAGAAUACGCCCAGUCGCUUCGAGAUCCUGACCAGGGAGAUGUCGAUAGAAAGGCCACCGCAGACAGGGACUGGAUCCACGUCAAAACGACAGUUCAUGAAGCCGAGUCGCUCUUGAACAUGGCCAUGAACUACUUUCAGUUUGAGGAUAAAAAACCCGUGCUUCGUACGCAGGAGUACUCCGUGCCGGAAGCUCUCCAUGACGCCAUUAGCUUCGUCCACCCCAUUGCAAACUUCAUGCGACCAACAAGGGAGUUGACCACGGCCAGCACAGACAUGACAUCUGAAAUGCUCGAUAACCGCAGCGAACUUGACAAGCGAGCCGCGGCAUGCAACCAAAUCGUCACGCCUGCCUGCCUCAGGAAGCUGUACAACAUCAACUACACCCCGCCGGAUAACAAGUCGUCGAUCCGUCUGGGACUUGCAGGCUUUCUCGAAGAAUACGCCAACUACGCGGACAGCGAUUUGUUCCUCAAGACGCUGGCCCCAGACCUCUACGCAAAGGGCUACAACUACACUGUUGAACUCAUAAAGGGGGCUGAAAACUUGCAGGACCUCUCAAAGUCGGGCGGAGAGGCAGCUCUUGAUGUCCAGUACGCCAUGGCCGCCGGCUAUCCCACCAACAUCAUUUAUUACCUCGCGGCUGGCAGAGGGAUCAAGCUGGAUGACGAUGGCAAACCACUUCCGGAGGAAGAGUCCAACAACGAACCCUACCUGGAAUUUCUUCAGUAUCUCCUUGGAUUGCCCGACAACAAGCUUCCCCACGUCCUUUCAAUCUCUUACGCCGACAACGAGGUCUCGGUGCCGCUUCCGUAUGCCAAGCGAGUGUGCGAUCUUUUUGGACUCCUCACAGGCCGCGGCACAACCGUUCUAGUCGCUUCUGGAGAUGGAGGAGCGAAGGGUUCGAGCAACUCCAACUGCCGCACCAACGACGGCAGCGACAAGGACGUCGCCAUGUCCGUCUUCCCGGCGACCUGUCCGUGGGUGACAGCCGUCGGGGCCGUGACCAACACGAGAGAUCCUCCCGAUGGCGCCGACUUCAGCGGCGGCGGCUUCUCGCAGUACUUCCAGCGCCCGGAUUGGCAGGAUGCUGCUGUGGAGGGCUACGUCGGCGAGCUCCACGGGUUCAUGAGUGGCUAUUACAGCCCCAAGUUCCGGGCGGUGCCGGACAUCUCGGCCGUGGGGAGCAAUUUCCUGGUGAAGCAAGGAGGGACGUCGAUCCUCCUGCGCGGCACCAGCGCGAGCACGCCCGUCCUCGGGGCCAUGAUUGCGCUGAUCAACGAGGCGCGGGUGCAGCAGGGCAAGCCCGUGCUGGGCUGGCUGAAUAAUAAGCUGUAUUCGAAAGAGGUGCGCGAUGUGCUUCAGGAUAUCACCUCAGGCCAGAGCCUUUCGUGCAACUUCCGCAGGGGUGGGCUUGUUGGCCUGGGCGUGCCGUAUGACUUUCAGAAGUUCUUUGAUGUUUUGACGAUGCCGACCACGCACGUCCAGCCAGACUCGCACGAGGAGCUCCAGGGGAUCGCCAAUGCCUUGCUCAAGGCGCGCAAGGUCGUCGUCGUCACCGGCGCCGGCAUCAGCACCAACUCGGGCAUUCCUGACUUUCGCUCCGAAAACGGCCUCUACUCGCUGAUCCAGGCCCAAUUUGAUGCGGCUGCGCGCCAGGCGCGUCAAGCUGAGCUGGCGCUCCAAAGCGACAACGAAAAUGAUAACGACGACAAAGCGGGCGGUUUAGACAAUGGCCGGGAAAGUAAACGACGGAGGUUGUCGUGCGAUAACAUCUCAGAGCCCAGCAACAAAUCACACGAAACUGAAGAAGAAAUCCAAGUGAAGCUCGACCUCGAAGCUUUUCAGAAGGACGACUCAAGCGUGGGAACUAAGGAGGAGGACGAACUACCAGAACACAAGGAGACCCGCGCCAGCGUCAUGGAUACCCUGCCUCUGAUCACGCCUAGGAGAACCAGGCGUUCAAUCGCCGUUGCACGAGCCAUGACAUCCCCGUUGUCUUCUCCGCCACCAGAAGAUCUUAUUGUACCGCCGACUGGGUUUCGAAAGCGCCACGCAACUCGUUUGGCCGACCUUGCAAUCCCACCCAGCUCACCUCUUUCCAGCCCCCCUCCCGUUCUCUUCGAUCCCUUUGAGCUAGGAUCGCCCUUGGAAGACAACUCCAGUCGCCGCAGCACAUCGCCCUCUGAGGUUGACGACUCUCCCCCUACAAAUCCAAUCAGCUUAUCUCAAACAUCCACCUCUGGUCGUAACACUCUACCAAAUAUGAAAGGGAAGGACCUGUUUGACGCAGCAAUUUGGUCGGAUCCUCUCCGGACAUCCGUCUUCUAUACGUUUGCCACAACAUUGCGACAAAAGGUCAAGGACAUAGAGCCCACCAGCUCUCAUCGUUUUAUCGGCCACCUCAGAGACAGAGGGAAGCUUGUCCGUUGCUACACCCAGAACAUUGAUCAAAUCGAAGAAAAGGUUGGCCUUUCAACAUCGCUCAAAGAUGGUCCCGGCAGCCGUGGCCGAUUUUCGCGCAGAUCAACCGCCAACAUGGCCCAGCUUAACAAAAUGGUCGAAGAAGCCUCGAGCAUCACCACCGACCAAAGCUCGUCCGAUAAAUCUCAGCCGACUUCCGAUUCAGAGCCAAGCCAGCAGUCUCAAGCAAGUCAAUCGGAGGGAACCGAAACCCCAGUGAUUCCUGAGCCUGAGCAGUCAUCUGACAACGCCAAAGCGCCAGCAAAGAACCCUCGGCGGGAACUGCCACGAUCGGGCGUCGAGUGUGUUUUCCUGCAUGGAUCCUUGGAGCUCUUGAGAUGCUUUCUGUGUGGCCGCGUCUGUUCAUGGGAUGACGGUGAUCGAGAACUGGAGACAAUGUCGGGACAGCAGCCCGAGUGCCCUCACUGCGUCGGUGCAACCACCGCCCGCGAGGAGAAGGGAAAGCGAGCGCUGGGCGUUGGCAAGCUGAGACCCGAUAUUGUGCUUUACGGCGAGGAACACCCCAACUCGCACCUAAUCAGCCCCAUUGUCACUCACGACCUGGCACUCAACCCUGACUUGCUCCUUAUCCUCGGCACCAGCUUGCGAGUACAUGGUCUCAAAGUCAUGGUCCGUGAGUUUGCAAAGGCAGUCCACACCAGAGGCGGCAAGGUUGUAUUUGUCAACUUCACCAAGCCGCCUGAAAGCUCCUGGGGAGAUGUCAUCGACUACUGGAUCGAGUGGGACUGCGACGCCUGGGUUGCCGACUUGCAGGACAAAGUCCCCAAACUAUGGCAAGAGCCCGAGCCGCCCAAGCCCAAGAAGAAGCGGGAAUCUAAUGGGGCAUCGGAGGAUGGCGACAAGGCGGAGAUGAAGAAACCCCCUCCCGCCAACCCAGUGGCUCUUCGCGACACAAAGGUCACUGGGGCCUAUUGGACGAUGAAGAUUAUGAGCGAACUUCAUAGAAUUACAGGACCAAAGGAACCGGAGCGCCGAGCUUCAAUAUCGGUACCGGUGAUAACGACGUUUAACGACAUUCCAAUAAACUCGGAGGUGAAGGCCCUGAGGCCCAAGCCCAGGACCAGGCGACCUCGCAAGUCCGCCCCUGGCGCUCUCGAAAGGCCGAAGAAACCUCCAUCCACUCUCAACCCUAAUCACGGUCGGUCUCGUCACAAGGCCGAGCCCGCGAAACCUGCUGGUCCCACGGAGCAAACCAGUACCCCUAAGAAGCCUCUUGUCGUUGAGCAGACGAGCUCCAUCCUCGACUCAGUCAAGUCGAAUCCCCGUGUUAGGAAGCGGAAGAAGAUUGACGGCGAGGAGGUGGUGAUGCCCACGGUUGGUAAGCGUCGAACCGCUGCGGAAGCAUACAGACCUUCCGCGGCUGAGUUGGAACUGCCUCCACUAAGACCCCAGCCGCCCAGCUCAACAGGUUCGCGCUUUGGCAAGCCGAUACCCUUGGAGCCCAGAAGCCCUCCGGCAGGACCACUGGCCUCGAUCUCUGUCAACAUGCGGGGCGCGACUAUUUUUAAGAAGAAGAACGCGUUCUUUAUUGACGACCCGCUGGUCAAGGCCCUCUAG